AUGCUCCAAACAGAAGAGCAACAAGACUACGCCCAAUUCAUCCAGACCCAGUCCCCAUCCACAAUCGCAGCAUGUCUCCGCCGCGACCAGAUCCUCUGCCAGGAGAAGCAUCUCCCCAGCCCGCUCGCCAUGCACCUCCCAACACAUCCCUGUGAGCUCCUGGACGCCGUGUCCAAACACCUCAUCCCCGACACCACCAUCCCCGCGCCACUCCGCAUACUGCAAUGCCAGGGGAUCAUCAGCGGCAUCAAAGCUCCAACGCAGGAUUUCCAAUCCGCGCUGCGCGUGCUCGAAUACCUCCAAAAGCACCCAUCCAUCUCGCAGCUCAGCAGCAGCAGCCCGUUCACAGACGUGAUAUCCUCCGUGAAAACGCAACUGGCAUUCGAAGACGGGCUGCGCGCCGUGACCCACCUGCACACGGCCCACAAAGACAGCCGCGCGAACACGCAAGCCAGCUACAAGGCCCGCCGCCGCAAGCGCAAUUGCUACAUGUGCCAUUUCGAGAUCCGGGCGGGCGAGGCGCACGAUACGUACCCGUCGCUGUGUCGCCCCUGCGGCUCCUUCAACCUCGCCUCGUCGGCCAUCUCGCAGCCACCGAAUCUGCGUCUGAGGGGCAAGACGGCCCUCGUCACCGGCGGCCGAAUCAACCUCGCUAUGAAACCGCCCUGCGGCUGCUGCGCUGUGACGUUGACGGAUCCGGUGCGGUCUGAGACGAAGGCCAUUAUGCGGGAGGAGCAGUUGGAGCAGGAGGAGGCUGGGGGGCACCAUGGGCUGAUUGCGGAUUAUGGGGAGCGGUAUGUGCCCAAGCUUCGGGGUGGAGCGCACAGUGCGUGGGGCGGCAUUGAGGAUCGUGUGCGGUUACAGAUUGCAGGUAGCGCGGAGUCAGAGUCGGUGGAAGAUUCUGGAAUCGUGCAGAAGGGCUUGGGUCCGGAUGGAACGGGCGAGGAUGAGUCAAGGUCGUCGUGGGUCCAGCGUCUGGACCAGAUCCCGUACGAGGAUGUGAUCAGCGCGCAGGCGGUUAAUGCGUUCGUGCCGCUGAUCCUAUGUCGCGAGCUCUUGCCCCGGAUGGGCGCCACUGAGAAGUCGUCUCGCCCCUUGGGAUACAUCGUCAAUGUGUCCUCGCGGGAGGGCAUCCUGGAGACCAGGAACAGGUCUGCGAGCAAAGCCGGUCACCAUGUGCACACGAAUAUGUCCAAGGCGGCGCUGAAUAUGAUCACGGAGACGGAGAGCGAGUCGGCGUGGAAGCGGCAUGUCGCCAUGAAUACGGUAGAUCCUGGUUAUAUGAGUGCUGCACCCGAGUGUCAGCAUGCAGACGGCUGUCCGAUUGGGUUUGAAGAUGGUGCUGCCAGGGUUCUGUGGCCGAUUGCUAUCGGAGAACGCGAGCAUCGGGUGAUCCGCGGACGGUUCAUGAAGCAUUUCGGACACCAUGAUGCUGUUAUAUCGCGAGGAGUAUAG